AAAAUGUAAACUAACGUCUUUCUUAACUAUAGGCCUAAUCGUAAAAUCAAUUUCGAUAUCACUUCACUUCCCAGUUUGAAAUAAAUACACUAGUUGCAGACGACAUUUAAAAUUUAUCGUGAAAUAUGAAAAAAUCGGAAAAUAAUAAUUAUUCAAAGUUUAACAGAAACUUUGCAAAAUGUCAAGGGGAAUUUACUAAUAAAACAAAAUCUAAAAGUGGAUUAAUAAAUUGGAACUAUUUAUUCCCAGCUACUUUGGCGUUUAUUUGCUAUGCAAAUGGACUUAAAGGCGAUUUUGUGCAUGAUGAUAUUUUCGCAAUUAAGGGAAACCCGGAUGUGCACGGGGAGACAGAUAUUUGGGAAAUGUUCAGAAAUGAUUUCUGGAGUAAAUCUAUAUCUAAAAACACGAGCCAUAAAUCCUACAGACCUUUCACCGUGCUCAGUUUUAGACUUAACUACAUGUAUACUGGGCCGGAAUCACUCUAUUUCCACGUGAUCAACGUGGCGUUACACGUCAUUGUCACAACGCUGUUUGUGUACACGUGCCAGAACGUUCUUCAUCAACGAGAGAGAUGUGCAGUCUUGGCAGGUCUUUUAUUUGCUGUACAUCCGAUUCACACAGAGGCGGUGAGUGGUAUUGUGGGAAGAGCAGAUAUCUUAGCGGCUGCAUUCUACCUUCUUUCAUUUAUUACUUACUCAAAGAGUAUCAUCAACAACAAUGUCAAGCAUAGAGUAAUAUUCUACAUUUCGAGCCUCGUUUUCGCAGCAGUAGCUAUGCUGAGCAAGGAAACGGGUGUCACUGUACUUGGCGUCGCGGUCGUCUAUGAUGCCAUGGAAACACUGAAAAAUCUCAGGAAAGACGGGAAAGAAAAAGUGUUGUCAAGUUUUGUGACCAGAUUUAUUUUUACGAUCUUUUUUAUUGCCAUUUUACUUGGUUUCCGUUUGUGGAUUAUGGACGGAAGCUUACCAACAUUCACAAGGGCCGACAACCCUGCCUCUUUUGAGGAAUCUGUUUUAACCAGGGGUUUCACAUAUGGCUACUUGAUGGCCUUAAAUAUUUGGUUGCUAGUGGCCCCUAUCAACAUGUGUUAUGACUGGCAACAUGAUAGUGUUCCAUUGGUGGAAAGUCUGGCGGAUCCACGUAACCUAGCAACAUUUACAGCCGCGGUUAUGACAUUUUAUAUUUUCAUGUCCUCCCUACUUCACUACGGAAAGAAACAUCAUUACGCACUGAGCGUGUCACUGGUACUGACAGUCGUCCCUUUCGUGCCGGCAUCAAACAUUUUCUUCCCUGUUGGGUUUGUUCUUGCUGAACGAGUGUUGUACAUACCAAGUAUGGGAUUCUGUCUCUUUGUCACCCUCGGUUUCUUCAGAAUCUUUGAUAUACUGCGAUGUUAUAGAACCCAUGUGACCACAAUCAUGUUGUGUCUGCUGUUGUUGCUAUCCUUGAAAACGUGGCAACAAAACCGCGUUUGGCAGACAAGAGAAACAUUGUUCAGGUCCGGCAUAAGAGCACUUCCACAUAAUGCCAAAGUCCAUUAUAACUAUGCGAAUUUUCUGAAAGACAGUAGAGAGUAUGAAAACGCCGUUUAUCAUUACAAGGAAGCCUUGAGAUUAGAAAGCGACUAUGCUAGUGCACAUAACAACCUCGGAACAUUACUAGGGGAUAUUUCUGAAGCAGAAUCACACUUUAGAGAGGCACUUAGACUACAGCCUAAUCACCAAAGCGCUCACAUAAACCUUGGAAAUCUUCUCUUUAAGCGUGGCUUAAAGAAAGAAGGCAUUGGGUAUUUGUACAAAGCCGUUGAGAUAGAGUUUAGGAACCCCGAUGCCCUGGUGUCGAUGGGAGGAUGCCUAAUGGAGACAGGAAACUAUACACAAGCAGAAAACUAUUUUCAGUCAGCUAUAGAAGUGAGCCCGGACUGCUAUGAAGGUUACGCAAGCUAUGCAGUUUUAUUGAGCAAAACGGGCAGACACGAGGAGUCCGCGCUAUAUUACAAGAAAGCUUACGAAUUGGAUUCAUCACAGAGUGCGACACUCGUAAACGCUGCGCAUGCGUAUAGAACAAUAGGCGAUAUCAGAGAGGCAGAAGUUUUAUUGAAACAAGCAAUAGAUACAAGAAGAGAUGUGAGCGCAAUGGAGGAGCUUGCAGUAUUGUAUUAUAGUUCUGGAAGGACAAGGGAAUCUUUAGCUUUGUAUGACGAUAUUGAGAAACAGAAUGGAAACUCUACAGAAACAGUCGUCAGACAUGCAAAAAUUGUUGCAAACCAGGGAGACUUGGAAAGAGCGGAUGAAAUGUUAUCUAAAGUAUUACUGAACAAUCACAAUGAUAUUGAUGUUUUAAAGACACUGGCGCAGGUGAAGGGACAGCUAAAGAAACACCAACAGGCGUAUGAACUCCUAUCCAAGGUUAUUACAUUAACGAAAAACGCCGAGAGAAGGAAUGACCUGGAGCAACUGUAUAUUGAAAGAGGGAAUAAUUAUAGAGAUAUAAAGAUGUAUGACAAAGCACUUUCGGAUUACGAGGCCGUAUUGCGAAUAAAUCCGCACCACUCAACUGCUCAUGGGAACUGUGGAACAAUUCACCACAUAAAUGCUGUCAUGCAAGAACCAUCGGGAAGUAUAGAAAAGGCAAGAUACCAUUACCAUAAAGCGAUAGAGCUGGACCCUCACAACGACAUUAUACGCGACAAUAUUGCAAGACUAGAGCGUCUGCAGUACCAGCGUGACAUCGGAGUGGGAUGAGAGUAUAGGCUAUAUAUAGAGACAGAAAGCUUAAUCAAAAGGCCCGGGCAUGCAAACGAGUCCCGACAGCGGCAUCAGAACAAAGCAAAUAAGGACUAUUUCGCCCGUGACAGCCGCCAAGCAUAUACCUGCGUGGCAAAUAUAGCAAUUUAGUUAUGAUAGUUUGGGAAAUAGACGCCAAUGCUAAUUAAGUGCCUAUAAGUAUUUAGUUGUGUAGUUUUAACAGGCAUAUGUGGGUGCAGAAAUAAGAUAUGAAAUUCAAAUAAAGAGCACAAAACAUGAAUUUGUUUUAAAUCAUUCACAGGCUAAUUUAUCAUAUACCAUACCAUUAGAUAGAAUAUAGGAUACAAACAUUUUACACAGCCUUGGCAAUUGAUUUAAAGUAAUGUGUAAUUUUAAUAAAAGACAUAAUCCUG